ACUUUUUCUAGCUCUUAAACAUGAAAUUUUGGACGAUACUUUAUUUAUUUUUCGUCGUUGCAAAUGGUGAAAAAAAAAUUAAUUUGGAGGAUAUCGAGAGGGACAAUCUCAAAGCCGAAAGUAGAUCGAAAUCUGACGAGACGAAAUAUUCAUUGAAGCCAGAAAUAAAUCAACAACAUUAUUCUACUUCCACUUAUGUGACACAACAGCCAGUUUCAAAUAUACCAACGGAUGAGUAUAGACAAUCGAACAAAUAUUCACCUAAUGAAAUAAUUUAUCAACAAAGUACUCAACCCUUGCAACAAUACACCGAAUAUCAGCAACAAACUAAUAUCCCAUCGAAAAACAUACCAACUAUUUAUAAUUCACAACAAUCGAUUUAUCAGCCAGAAAUAAAUGUUGGUAAUCAGGUGCAAAGCUUUCAACAAAAAGCUAUAACGCAUAAAUUUGUUAAAGGCCCGAACAAAGAUAAUUUUUAUAUAGAUAUUCCAAUGGGCCAUUUUUUAUCUUAUUAUCCACAUAUCGAUUUGAGUAGUUUAAACGUUGGAAAAGUUCAACCCUCAUUUCAGGAAUUAACGCAGGCCCAACAGAUUUCGAUUCCCUUUUACACUCCGUUAUUGAGUCAGAAACAAUUGAUCACUCCGGUGAAAAUGGCUUAUCAAAUUUUACCACAGUAUACCCUAAGGCAAUCUAUUCCAGUAUCAACCACGUUAUUCCCUAAGUUCUCGAAAGGUCCGAUUUAUGCAUCGAUUACUUCAAAGAAACCAAUUGCACCAGUUUACGAACAGCCAGAACAAACAUACAAUCAAGGAAAACAAUUGUUAUACACACAAGCUUACAUUACUCAGUCACAACAUCAACAACAACAUCAACAACAACAGCAACAACAACAGCAACAGCAACAGCAACAACAACAGCAACAUGUUUCUCCAGUAAUAUAUAAUCAAGGCAAUGCUCUUUACACGCAAACGACACCCCUUCAGGGAGAUCUUUACGUUCGAUCACCAGUUUACGUUCAAGAUAAUUCUCUUCAUGGUCAAAUAAAUCAAUACAGUGGUCAAACGGAGCAAUCGUCGUAUCUUUCGUCAGGUACCGAGCAACAACUGCCGAAACAAAUCUUGCGUCAAGAGGAAAGCCAAAGCGUAACUCAAAAUUACGUCAAGGUUCCUGAUGAACCAAAUACAGAUUUUGUUCCACCGCAAGUAUCCCAUCAGAAUUUCAAAUCAGACGUCACUCAAUUGAUACAAGUUUCUUCGGAACCUGAAGAAUCUCCACAAGUCAAAGAGCAUGUCGUUAGUUCCGAACCACGGUCUUUAUUGGAUACAUAUAUUCCGAGUAAUCUGAUCGCUGCACAAGAUUCGUCGAGAUACCGAGAGAGGCCGUUGCACUUGGAAAGCGGCUUUCUUCCUUCGAAAACAAAUUUUGUGCAAUACAAGAAACGUAAGACGCAAUAAUGGUGUAUACAAUAUAGGACCAUCGAAAAAAAAAAGAGAUACAUAUUAUACAUAGAUAUAUAAACGACUAACGAACUUCGAAGAGCAUCCGAUUUUGAUAUUAAAGAAAAAAAAAGAGAAAAGAAAAGAAAAAAAAGUUCGUUUGAUGAUAUUCAAUAAAUAACUUUAUCGUUUUAUUACGACGAGCGAAGCGAUCAUCUUUCGAAGAUGUAACGGCUCGCAAUAAAGAGAAGCAACAUCGUAUCUAGUCCCUCAUCGAA